AUGCCAGGGCUCAAGCAUUUGAUGAUGUCCGGCAAUGUUGAGUUGAAACUGCAGACAAACAUGUUCAGCCGCCUUUCCAGUUUAAAUUAUCUCUCCCUCUCACACAACAAUCAGCUGACUAGUCUGCCUCUCGGAGUCUUCAACGGGCUGUCAAAACUAUAUUUCCUUGAACUCGCCAACAAUCGAAUCACAGAACUUCCACCUGGAAUCUUCACAAGCACCCUAUCAACCUUGGAGAGUCUGAGUCUCAAUAGCAAUCGGCUGACCAGCAUCUCCGCGGGUGUCUUCGACGGCCUCCAAAGCCUCAAGUCCCUCAAUCUCGGCGACAACAAGCUGGAAUGCAUCUCCUCUGACGCCUUCGCUUCUCUUCCCUCCCUCUGGUCGUUGAAUGUCUACGGCAACAGCCUGAUCACCUGCUACAACCCUUCCUGGCCCGGCGGCAGCAUGCCACAUCCAGGGCUUCCAACAUGUGUCAAUGAGACCGUCUGCCCUGGCUCUUCUUCUUCCAACGCUUCUUCUCCUUCCAAUUCCUCUUUUCCUCCCCCACCUUCGCCUGCCUCCUGCUCCCUCACCGCAUCCUGGCCCUCCAUCGCCGGCACCUUGCUCGACCCCUCCGACCAGCCCUCGCCAUACAUCACCGGAGGCCUCGGCAAGCUCAUGACCGACGACGAGGAGGUGUGGGUCUGCCAGUACGGCCACGCCUGCGCGCAGGGGAGCGGGGCGGGGGCGACGGACGCGUACUGCUUCAUCUACAACGAGACGAGCGAGACGUUUCGGGCAUGGGGGCUGGCGUCAGAGCUGGGGAUGCACCGAAAGAUCAAACCGAGCUAG